UUUUUUGCGGCUGGCUUUGUGGCAUGCCAUUUUGUAUUGUGUGCCGAAAACACGCUCAUUGAGUUUUUGAUGAAGCUUUUGUCCAUCAUCGAUGAUUCAAUAUUUUAUUUUUGUUUGAAUUGAAUUGUUUCAAAAAGUGUUUUCCAAAAAUUAAUCAUGGCUUUUCAUUGUGCAUUAAGUAAUCAAUUACCUGAAGAACCAGUUAUAUCACCAUUUUCAGGUGCUAUAUUUGAGAAACGUUUAAUAUUAAAAUAUUUGGAUGAAAAUAAAGUCGAUCCAAUUUCGGGUAAAGAAAUGACAGCCGAUGAUUUGAUUGAAGUAAAAACUACACAAAUUGUGAAGCCAAAAUUGCCAUCAGCAAGCAGUAUACCGGCACUUUUAAAAUCAUUACAAGAUGAAUGGGAUGCUAUUGUAUUGCAUAGUUUUAAUUUACGACAACAAUUACAAACAACCAGGCAAGAAUUAUCAUAUGCAUUAUAUCAACAUGAUGCUGCUUGUCGUGUUAUUGCUCGUUUAACAAAAGAAUUAACCGCUGCUCGUGAUGCAUUAGCUACAUUGAAACCAAAAUCAUCAUCAUCAUCGGUUAAUAAUCAAUCAUCAAUGGCAAAUAAUACGAAUGAUAAUCAAGAUGAUGCUAAUGAUAAUCACAAUAGCAAUUCUGGUUUGAGCAAUGAUGUUAUUGAAAAAAUUACCAAUAAAGCAACUGUAUUAACAGCUGAACGUAAAAUGCGUUGUAAAACUAUUCCAGUCGAUUUAACGAAACCAGAAGAAAUAAGCCAAUUUAAAACAAUAUCAUCACAAACUGGUCUGCAUAGUGUUAGUAUGGCUGGUAUUGUGGCAUUAGAUAUUUGUCCAACCGAUUCAAAUAAAAUGAUAACUGGUGGUAAUGAUCAUAAUGCUGUUAUUUAUGAUCGUAAUAGUGAACAAAUUGUUACCAUUUUAAAAGGACAUAACAAAAAAGUUAACAAUGUUAUUUAUCAUUCAAAUCAAUCAAAUGUUAUAACAUCAUCACCUGAUUCACAGAUCCGUGUUUGGUCGGUUCCAGAAUCACGUACACUUGAAGUAAUCAAUGCACAUGAAUCAUCAGUUACAUCGAUUAGUUUACAUGCUACAGGUGAUUAUUUACUGAGUACUUCGAAUGAUGAAAAAUGGUCAUUUUCCGAUAUUAAUACCGGAAAAGUUUUGAUUAAAGUUGGUGAUCAAACUGCUAAUCAUACAUUGACAACAGCAAAAUUUCAUCCGGAUGGUUUAAUUUUUGGUACCGGAACAUCUGAUUCAUUGAUAAAAAUCUGGGAUCUAAAAGAACGUUCAAAUUUGGCCAAUUUUCCUGGCCAUACUGGUGCUAUAUCGGCAAUGUCAUUCUCAGAAAAUGGUUAUUAUCUAGCAACAUCGGCUGAAGAUUCAUUAAUAAAAUUAUGGGAUUUACGUAAAUUGAAAAACUUCAAAACAAUUACACUGGAAGAAGGAUAUCAGAUCAAGGAUUUAUAUUUUGAUCAAACGGGUAAUUAUUUAGCUAUUGCUGGCACUGAUAUUCGUAUCUAUAUUAGUAAACAAUGGGAAUUGAUUAAAACAUUCGAAGAUCAUGUUGGACUUGUUACUAGUGUUCGUUUUGGCCAUAAUUCAUCAUUUAUCAGUUCAGUUAGUUUGGAUCGUUCAUUGAAAAUUUAUUCCAAAUAAUAAUAAUUAUCAUCAAAAAUAUUGAUUCAUUAACCCACCAUCAAAACAUUCAUCGAUUCAUUCAUUU